AUGUCGACCAAAUCCUCCAAACCCAAGUCGUCUGGUGAAGCGCACAAGGACCCAGAUCACGUUACAACAUUGGCCUCGCUCGCCCUGCCGAAGCCCAGCGGCAUCGCUCGGCGCAGCCCACGCGCAUCGUCCAAGUCGUCGACAACAACCAUCUCGACCUCGACCUCGACCUCGACCUCGUCCUCGGUGUCCUCGUCGAGCUCGAGCGACGACUCGAAUGGAUCUCAGCUCAUGAGACCACCCGUCAAAGUCAAUGGCCCAAAGCCCAAGGCCUAUUCGACCGCAACGACGCCCGUCUCACAGAUCAAACGAGGCGGAUCACCACACGAGUUGGAGCUCCAAUCCGCACGGAACGGCCUCGCGCCUCUUUCCAACUUGGGUAAUGGCGGACUCACCGCCGCUCUCGACCUCCAUGUCCCUCAACCGACGAUCGAGGUCGGCGACUGGCCCGUGGAUCGCUUCAUUGAUAAGGGUUACUCCGAGAUGAGGGGCCGUUCGAGGCGAAAGACGAUUACCGGUCCCAUGAGGCUCAAUGGAUUGCCGAGCGGGCUAACAGGCGACGCCGAGAGCGAGAACCUGGUGCUGCGCCAAGACGAUACCGAGAACGACGAAGAUGACGACUCGGAGUACGGCGAAGCCGAGAGGGCUCAGAGGAUUUACCUGUCAGGUGAGUUGGAUUGGCCCGAUCGGCCGGUCCUUGGAACGCUGCCUUGACUGAGAAGAUUGUCUUCAAUUUCCUCGUAGGUCCGACCGAAGAAUUGGUCGAGUCGUUGCCUCGGCCGUCUCCUCUACCUCGGUACACGUCCCCACUGCCCUCUCCGGCUCUUUCGACGACUUCAACAUCGUCGCUCGUCGCAGUGCCCAUCAUCCAACAGCCCGCGGAUGGCACUCAGCUGUCCUUCCUCGAUUCGACGCCGUCCCGACCCCGACCUCGAACCUACACGCUCUCGCACUCUGCGUUCGGCUCUUUUGGUACCUUCCCCUCCACCGCUCGCUCUGGGCCUCUCCCUGCUCCGACUCUCAUCUCUCGUAUCAGGCUCUUCUUCCUGCAACUCUUAUCCAACGCUGCCAGCACGGCCUUCCUCAUCUUGAUCGUCACCUGGGCACUCGGCUCCCGCGCCUGGCUCGCCGUUCGUCGAUGGCUCAGAGGCAUCCAAGACGUACGCGAGAGACGUCCGUGGGAUACCGACGAGAUGCGAGCCAAGUACGCGAACGAGCAAGUCGUCAAGGAUAUCCAGUACUAUGCGCGCGAAUGUGGCUUCGACUGCAUCGAGCAAACCGUGCAGACCAAAGACGGGUACUUGCUCAAGGUCUUCCGCGUCGAAUGCCUCAACAAGAAGUCCAAGGUUCAUAGCGACGGCAGGCGAGGCUUCCCCGUCUUGAUUCAGCAUGGCCUGUUUCAGAGUUGUGGAAGUUUCAUCACGAGUGAGGAGAGGAGUUUGGCGUUCUGGCUGGCUGAGCAUGGGUCAGUCUGGCCUGCGAAGACCUGACGUACUAUCGCCUCGCGGCAUAUCUCUAACGUUGACGGGCUCGAUAUCCUUAUUGCAGAGACUAUCAAGUCUACUUGGGCAACAACCGGGGUGUCUUCGACAUGGGUCACGUGCGAUUGAAGAGAUCGGACCCAAGAUUUUGGGGUGAGACUCUGUGUGGCUGAUGUGCGAAAGCAAAUGAGAACCAUGCCGACCUUUAAAAUUUUAUUGGGGAUCACUAGACUACAACAUCAAGGAGCUGGCUCUCUACGACCUGCCCGCCAUGGUGGAUCACGUUCGUCGCGAGACUGGUUACGACAAGGUGAGACCAGGUCUGCUCCGUGAGCCUGAUUUUCGGGUGCUAAUGUGAUAUGGGUUUUCCCCGGUGUAGAUCGCCUUUAUUGGGCACAGUCAGGGAAAUGCGACCAUGUUCUGCUCGCUUGGUCGGUUUCUCUCUCAUCUAACACAUACACAUACGUGAAACCAUAGCUGACGUCCAUAUUGGCUUCAGCUCAAGGAAUGGUCCCCGAGCUUGGAGAGAAGCUUUCAGUCUUCAUCGCGCUCGCUCCUGCCGUUUACGCCGGACCGUUGACGACCGGUUUCCCCUUCGGUGCGCUCAAAAGCAUGAAGUGGAAGACGUGGCGACGUUGGUUUGGUGUGCUCGACUUCAUUCCCUUGAUGCGUAUCUCCUACAACCUCACCCCAAGCAAACCGUUUGGUCUUCUCGGAUACCAAAUGUUUGCCUUCUUGUUCAACUGGACCGACCGAAACUGGGUGAGUGUCCCAUGAGCACAGAGUUGAAGCAUGGUCAGGGACUAAUUGUAUCGAUCGUCAUCUCUGGCGCACAGCUCAAUCGUCGCAAACCCAAAAUGUUCCGCUUCACCCCGUCGCCCGUGUCCUCGGCGUCCAUCUUUUGGUGGACCGGCUACGGCGGCUUCUCGACUCGCGGCUGCGUGCUCGACCCGAACGUCGACAAAUGGUUCGACCACCGAUUCCCGCCUCUGGCCAUCCACCACGGCGGUCUUGAUUACCUCGUCUUGACCGAGCCUCUGCUCGAGCGUUUGAGGGAAAAGGAGACCGACGUCAAGGUCAUUCGCGUUCAAAAGCUCGACGAGGGCGAGCACUGCGACUUCUUCUGGUCAGUUCCGCCCGAGGACGAAUCGCAGAUCAACCCUUGCUGAUGCUCGUGCAUGUUGUAUUCGUCACAGGCAUAUUGAUGCUGUCGAGCUCUGCUUCAACUCUUUCGUCGAGGACAUUGAGCGCACCCGUCCGAGGUACCCCGAAGAACUUUCCGCCGCUUUCAAGUCCGACGCGCCCAGCAAAUCGAACGGUCAACUUCACUAA